CAGCAGCAGCAGCAGCAGCUCAGCUCCCCUCGCUGAGGUCUGAUCCACGUCUCCACUUCCCCCCGGGGGCUCCUUCUCGGGAUUAGGGAGAACAAAAGGCGAAACAAGUGCAUGAUUCCGGGCUGUGGGAGCUCCUCCAUCAUCACCACCGCCUGUGAAAGAACAGCGGGACUAUCCCCCCGCUUUGGUCCAGCCUGCUGGCCUUUCUGCACCCAGGGACCCCCUAAUUCAGCCCGGGCUGGGACCGACCCCACUUUCUCCUUCCCCUUCUCAUUUCUCCCCCCCUUUUUUUUUUUUUUUUUACCUUGUCACCCUCGGAAAAGCCCCCAGAGGCAGAUCUCCGGUGGGGGCAACAUCCAUUCCCGGUGCGUCUGUCUGUCCGUCCGUCUGCAGCUCCAGCCUGACAGCAGCGAGAGGACGUGGAUGCCUGCGCUGCUCUGAGAGCAGACACGAUGUUGCGCACCGCGGCCGACGCGCUGGCGGCCGGGCUGCUUUUCCUGGGAUUUUUGCACAGUUUGGAAGUAAGCGCUCCUGCAAGGGCUAUUGAUGCCCCGAGGAGCUGCAGCACAAAGCAGUUUGUGUGCAAGGAUGGGGUGACGUGCAUCUCUAAGGGCUGGCGCUGCGAUCGUGAGAAGGACUGCCCAGAUGGCUCUGAUGAGGACCCUGAUGUUUGUCCACACAGCACCAUAUCACACUGCCCACCCAACGAGUACCAGUGUGGAGGGACGGAGCUGUGCAUCCACAUGAGCAAACUGUGCAAUGGGGCCCCGGACUGUACCGACGGCUGGGACGAGGGACCACACUGCAGAGAGUAUGUGUCCAACUGCUCGAUUGUAAGCUGCCAGGAAAACUGUGCUGUGACUCCAACCGGUACCGCUUGUUACUGCAAGAGUGGUUAUGAGAUCAGCUCUGAUGGAAAGACAUGCAAAGACUUCGAUGAGUGUGGCAUGUAUGGGACCUGCAGUCAGACCUGUACCAACACCGAGGGCUCCUACACCUGUUCCUGUGUGGAGGGCUACUUGUCGCAGCCAGACAACCGCUCCUGCAAGGCCAAGAAUGUGCCAGUAGAUCGUCUGCCUGUCUUGCUGAUUGCCAAUUCCCAGAACAUCCAAGCUACCUCCCUGAGUCGCACCUCUGUCCACAGUCUGCUGUCCACCAGCACCAAACAAACCACAGCCAUGGACUUCGUUUAUGCCAAGGAAACCGUCUGCUGGAUCCACGUGGGAGACGCCCCCUCAUCCACACACCUCAAAUGUGCCUCUAUCCCGAAUCUGAAGAUCUUCACAGAAGAGAGAAUCAUCAACAUCUCCUUCAGCCUCCAUCAUGUGGAGCAGAUGGCCAUUGAUUGGCUCACCGGAAACUUCUACUUUGUGGAUGACGUGGACGACAGGAUAUUCGUGUGUGACAAGGACGGCCAGACCUGCGUCACCCUCCUGGACCAGGAGCUGUACAACCCUAAGGGCAUUGCCCUGGACCCCACCAUGGGGAAGGUCUUCUUCACAGACUACGGUCAGAUCCCUAAGGUGGAGCGCUGCGACAUGGAUGGCCAAAACCGAACCAAGCUUGUAGACAGUAAGAUUGUAUUCCCUCACGGCAUCACGCUGGACCUCGUCAGCAGACUGGUGUACUGGGCAGAUGCUUAUCUGGACUACAUUGAAGUGGUGGACUAUGAAGGCAGAAACCGACACACCAUCAUCCAAGGCUUGCUGAUCGAGCAUCUGUACGGGCUGACUGUGUUUGAAAACUAUUUGUACGCCACCAACUCGGACAACACGAAUGUGCAGCCCAAGACCAGCGUGAUCAAGGUCAACCGCUUCAACAACACAGACCUCCAUGUAGUGACCAGAGUGGACAAAGGAGGAGCGCUGCACGUCUAUCACCAGAGACGCCAGCCUCCAGUGCGCAGCCAUGCAUGUGAGGUGGACCAGUUCGGGAAAGCUGGAGGCUGCUCCGACAUCUGUCUUCUGGGGAACGGACACAAAACCCGGACCUGCCGCUGUCGCUCAGGAUUUAGCUUGGGAAGCGAUGGCAAGUCCUGCAAAAAACCGGAGCACGAGCUCUUCUUGGUCUAUGGUAAGGGCCGUCCAGGCGUCAUCAGGGGCAUGGAUAUGAACGCCAAGGUGCCGGAUGAGUACAUGAUCCCCAUCGAGAAUCUGAUGAAUCCCAGGGCUCUGGACUUUCAUGCCGAGAGCGAGUUAAUCUAUUUUGCCGACGCCACCAGCUACAUCAUCGGUCGCCAGAAGAUUGAUGGAACGGAGAGGGAUACAAUUAUGAAGGAAGGGAUCCACACAGUGGAGGGUAUUGCUGUGGACUGGAUGGCCGACAACUUGUACUGGACAGAUGAUGGACCCAAGAAAACUAUAAGUGUGGCGCGGCUUGAAAAGGCUUCACAGACCCGCAAAACCCUCAUCGAAGGAAAAAUGACUCACCCACGUGCCAUUGUGGUGGACCCUCUUAACGGGUGGAUGUAUUGGACGGACUGGGAGGAAGACCCUAAGGAGAGCAAGCGAGGCAAAAUUGAGCGGGCUUGGAUGGACGGGUCCAACAGAAAUGUUUUCCUCACCAGCAAAACUGUGCUGUGGCCCAACGGCCUGAGUCUGGACAUCCCGCAGGGCAUCCUCUACUGGGUGGAUGCCUACUACGACCGCAUCGAGAUGGUCUACCUCAACAGCUCCGGGCGCAAGACGGUGUAUGAGGGUCAGGAGCUGAGCCACGCCUUUGGUCUGUGUCACUAUAAACACUUCUUGUUCUGGAACGAGUACCGCAGUGGCAGCAUUUACAAGCUGGACACCACCACCAGCAUCGCCACCCUUCUGCGCAGCGAGCGGCCACCCAUCUUUGAGAUCCGGAUGUACGACGCUCAGCAGCAGCAAGGCUCUAACGCGUGCCGCGUGAACAACGGGGGCUGCAGCAGUCUGUGCCUGGCCAUACCAGGAAGCAGGACCUGCGCCUGCGCAGAAGACCAGAUACUGGACCCAGCUGACAACACCAGCUGCAAAGCCAACCCGUCUUACGUGCCUCCCCCUCAGUGUCAGACGGGAGAGUUUGCUUGUAAAAACAACCGCUGCAUCCAGGAGCGCUGGAAGUGUGAUGGAGACAACGACUGUUUGGACAACAGCGAUGAGGCUCCUGAGCUGUGUCACCAGCACACUUGCCCCACAGACAGAUUUAAGUGCAAGAACAACCGUUGCAUCCCUCUGCGCUGGCUGUGCGACGGGGACAAUGACUGUGGGAACGAUGAGGACGAAUCCAACACCACCUGCUCUGCCCGCACCUGCCCUCCCAAUCAGUACUCGUGUGCCAGCGGGCGCUGCAUCCCCAUUUCCUGGACGUGUGACCUGGACGAUGACUGUGGCGAUCGAUCGGAUGAACCUGCUUCCUGCGCCUACCCCACCUGUUUUCCGCUCACUCAGUUUACCUGCAACAACGGGCGCUGCAUCAACAUCAACUGGCGCUGUGAUAAUGAUAACGACUGUGGGGAUAACAGUGACGAAGCCGGCUGCAGUCACUCCUGCUCCAGCGCUCAGUUCAAGUGUAACAGCGGCCGCUGCAUCCCGGACUACUGGACCUGUGACGGAGAUAAUGACUGCGGGGACUACAGCGAUGAGACCAACGCCAACUGCACCAAUCAGACCACACGCCCUCCAGGUGGGUGUCACACAGAUGAAUUCCAGUGUCAGAUGGACGGUCUGUGCAUCCCCCUGCGUUGGCGCUGUGAUGGCGACACCGACUGCAUGGACUUGAGCGAUGAGAAGAACUGUGAGGGCGUCACACACAUGUGCGAUCCAGCUGUCAAGUUUGGCUGCAGAGACUCUGCACGGUGUAUCAGCAAGGCCUGGGUCUGCGAUGGCGACAAUGACUGCGAGGACAAUUCGGAUGAGGAAAACUGCGAGGCGCUGGUGUGUAAGCUGUCGCACCAUGUGUGCGCCAACGACUCCACCAUCUGCCUGCCCGCGGAGAAACUUUGCGAUGGCACUGAUGACUGCCCAGAUGGCUCUGAUGAGAAACUCUGCGACCUGUGUUCUUUGGACAACGGCGGCUGCAGCCAUAACUGCACCGUGGCCCCCGGCGAGGGCGUGAUCUGUUCCUGCCCGCUGGGCAUGGAGCUGGGCUCCGACAAUAAGACUUGUCAGAUCCAGAGCUUCUGCGCCAAACACCUCAAGUGCAGUCAGCGCUGCCAGCAGGACAAGUUCAGCGUGAAAUGCUCAUGUUACGAUGGCUGGGAACUGGAGCCUGACAUGGAAAACUGCAAGAGCACCGACCCGUUCAAACCCUUCAUCAUUUUCUCAAACCGCCAUGAGAUCCGCCGCAUCGAUCUGAAUAAGGGCGAGUUCAGCGUGUUGGUGCCCGGCCUCAGAAACACCAUUGCUCUUGACUUCCAUCUCAACCAGAGUUCCCUUUACUGGACAGACGUGGUGGAAGAUAAGAUCUAUCGUGGGAAGCUUUCUGAGAACGGAGCUCUGACCAGCUUUGACGUGGUGAUCCAGUAUGGGCUGGCUACACCAGAGGGCCUGGCAGUGGACUGGAUAGCAGGAAACAUUUACUGGGUGGAAAGCAACCUGGAUCAAAUCGAGGUGGCCAAGUUGGACGGCACAAUGAGGACCACGCUGCUUGCUGGGGAGGUGGAGCACCCGCGAGCUAUUGCUCUUGACCCUCGGGAUGGAAUACUCUUUUGGACAGACUGGGAUGCCAGUUUGCCAAGAAUUGAAGCUGCAUCCAUGAGCGGAGAGGGCAGGAAGACCAUUCAUAAGGAGACUGGCAAUGGAGGCUGGCCAAACGGACUCACGGUGGAUUAUCUGGAACGACGCAUCCUCUGGAUUGAUGCCAGGUCUGAUGCCAUUUAUUCAGCCAAGUAUGAUGGUUCCGGACUAAUUGAGGUUCUGAGGGGCCACGAGUAUCUGUCGCAUCCGUUUGCUGUCACCAUGUAUGGAGGGGAGGUUUACUGGACGGACUGGAGGACAAACACAUUAGCCAAGGCAAACAAGUGGACAGGAAGCAACGUCACUGUGGUGCAGAGAACCAACACACAGCCCUUUGACCUGCAGGUCUACCACCCAUCCAGACAGCCUCAGGUUCCUAACCCGUGUGCAGCUAAAGAUGGCAAGGAUCCCUGCUCUCAUCUUUGUCUCAUCAACUACAAUCAAACGUUCUCGUGUGCUUGUCCUCACCUCAUGAAGCUCGGUCCUGACAAGCGCACGUGUUACGAGUCUCGGCAGUUUUUGCUGUAUGCCCGUCAGAUAGAGAUCAGGGGAGUGGACAUCGAUAACCCGUACUACAACUAUAUCAUCUCCUUCACUGUGCCGGACAUCGACAACGUGACCGUGGUCGACUACGACGCGCUUGAGCAUCGUAUUUAUUGGUCAGAUGUCCGAACUCAGACAAUCAAGAGAGCUUUCAUCAAUGGCACAGGAGUGGAGACUGUGGUCUCUGCAGAUCUGCCUAAUACGCACGGCCUGGCAGUGGACUGGGUGUCCAGGAACCUGUUUUGGACCAGUUAUGAUGCCAAUAAGAAACAGAUUAAUGUUGCCAGACUGGAUGGAUCCUUCAAGAAUGCCGUCAUCCAGGGCCUGGACAAACCACACUGUUUAGUGCUUCAUCCAAUACUGGGAAAGUUGUACUGGACAGAUGGAGACAACAUCAGCAUGGCCAACACAGACGGCUCCAACCGCAGCAUCCUCUUCACCAACCAGAGAGGCCCCAUUGGUCUCUCCAUCGACUUUGAUGCCGAGCAGCUUUACUGGAUCAGCUCGGGAAACAGCACCAUCAGCCGCUGUAACCUGGACGGCUCUGGGCUGGAAGUGCUGGAGGGGGUCAAGGGCAAGCUGGUCAAGGCCACUGCUCUGGCCAUCAUGGGAGAUAAGUUGUGGUGGGCAGACCAAGGAACUGACCAGAUAGGAACCUGUGACAAAAAAGAUGGGGGCACCUGGAGAGUCCUGAGGAACAGCACUUCUCCCAUGAUGCACAUGAAGAUCUACAAUGAAACCAUACAGAAAGGCACCAAUCUCUGCAGUAAAAACAAUGGAGACUGCUCCCAGCUGUGCCUCCCCACCUCCCCUACCACUAGAGCGUGCAUGUGCACGGCAGGAUACAGCCUGCGAAGAGGCCAGCAGUCUUGUGAAGGUGUGGGAUCUUUCCUGCUGUACUCAGUCCACGAGGGCAUUCGUGGGAUUCCUUUGGACCCAUCUGACAAGUCUGAUGCCCUGGUUCCAGUGUCUGGCACCUCCCUGGCUGUGGGCAUAGAUUUCCAUGCUGACAAUGACACAAUCUACUGGGUGGAUAUGGGUCUAAGCACCAUCAGCAGGGCCAAGAGAGACCAGACGUGGAGAGAGGACGUGGUCACCAAUGGCAUUGGCAGGGUGGAGGGCAUUGCUGUUGACUGGAUAGCUGGAAACAUUUACUGGACUGACCAAGGUUUUGACGUCAUUGAGGUGGCGCGACUCAACGGCUCCUUCCGCUAUGUGGUGAUCUCCCAGGGCCUGGACAAGCCACGUGCCAUCACCGUCCAUCCUGAAAAAGGCUAUCUGUUCUGGACAGAGUGGGGCCAGUAUCCCCGCAUUGAGCGGUCUCGCCUGGACGGCACGCAGAGGGCCGUCCUGGUCAACGGCAGUAUCAGCUGGCCCAACGGCAUCUCCAUUGAUUAUCAGGAAAGUCUGCUAUACUGGUGUGACGCCAGGACAGACAAGAUUGAGCGCAUUAACCUGGAGACUGGAGAAAACAGGGAGGUGGUGCUGGCGAACAACAACAUGGACAUGUUCUCUGUGUCUGUGUUUGAGAGCUACAUCUACUGGAGUGAUAGGACACAUGCAAACGGCUCCAUCAAGCGCGGCAGCAAGGAUAACGCCACAGACUCCGUCUCCCUGAGAACUGGCAUCGGGGUGCAGCUCAAAGACAUCAAGGUCUUCAACAGAGCCAGACAGCAAGGAACAAACGUGUGCAAAGACAACAAUGGCGGAUGUCAGCAGUUGUGUCUUUUCCGUGGCGACAAGCAGCGCACGUGCGCCUGUGCUCACGGCAUGCUGGCCGAAGACGGUCGGAGCUGCCGCGACUACGACGGCUACCUCCUCUACUCCGAGAGAACCAUACUGAAGAGCGUCCACCUGUCGGAUGAAAACAACCUCAACGCACCCAUAAAACCCUUCGAGGACCCGGAGCACAUGAAAAACGUCAUCGCGCUCACGUUCGACCACAGAGGAGGAGGAGGGAAAGGAGCUAACCGCAUCUUCUUCAGCGACAUUCACUUUGGCAACAUCCAGCAAAUCAGCGACAACGGAUCUGACCGCAAGACGGUCGUAGAGAAUGUGGGCUCAGUGGAGGGUUUGGCGUACCACAGGGGCUGGGAUAUGUUAUACUGGACCAGCUACACGACCUCAACCAUCACCCGCCACACCGUGGAUCAGGGCAGCUGGGGGGCCGUUGACCGACACACUGUGGUCACCAUGUCUGGAGACGACCACCCCCGGGCCUUCGUUCUCGAUGAGUGUCAAAGCCUGAUGUUUUGGACCAACUGGAAUGAGCAGUCUCCCAGUAUCAUGCGUGCCACGCUGAACGGUGCCAACGUCCUUGUGAUCAUCGGCACUGACAUCAGAACCCCUAACGGCCUGGCCAUAGACCACCGGGCUGAAAAACUUUACUUCUCUGACGCCACACUGGACAAGAUUGAGCGCUGCGAGUACGACGGCAGCCGGCGCUACGUGGUGCUGAAGAACGAGCCGGUCCACCCGUUCGGCCUGGCCGUGUACGGAGACUACAUCUUCUGGACGGACUGGGUGAGGAGGGCCGUGCUGCGGGCUGACAAAUACACCGGAGGAGACAUGAAGGUGCUGCGUGCCGACAUCCCCCAGCAGCCGAUGGGCAUUGUUGCAGUGGCCAAUGACACUAACAGCUGUGAGUUCUCGCUGUGUCGUGUCAACAAUGGAGGAUGUCAGGACCUGUGUCUGCUCACCUCGGAGGGAAGGGUCAACUGUAGUUGUCGGGGCGAUCGGAAGCUUUUGGACGACAGCACUUGCAUUGCCCUCAACACUACAUGUAAUAGCAUUGACGAGUUUGAGUGCGGAAAUGGCGACUGCAUCCACUACGCGCUGACCUGUGAUGGCAUGGCGCACUGCAAGGACAAGUCUGAUGAGAAGCAGUCCUACUGUACCACCCGCGUGUGCAAGAAGGGCUACAGGCGAUGUGUGAACACCCGCUGUGUGGAGCACAGUACCUGGUGCAAUGGGCAGGACGACUGCGGGGACAAUUCUGAUGAGCUGUUCUGCAACAGCACGAUGUGCUCAGCAGAUCAGUUCCAGUGCAGAGACGGCAGCUGCAUCUCCAACUCCAGCAAGUGUAACCAGAAGGUGGACUGUGAAGACGCUACCGAUGAAAUGAACUGCACUGCCACGGACUGUUCUACAUACUUCCAUUUGGGAGUGAAGGGAGUGAGUUUUGAGAAGUGUGAGUACACCGCCCUCUGCUACGCACCCUCGUGGCAGUGUGAUGGAGCCAACGACUGCGGAGACUACUCGGAUGAAAGAAAUUGCCCAGGGAAGGGGAAGACAACGUGUCCCACGACCUUCUUCUCCUGUCCCAGUGGUCGUUGCAUCCCUAUGAGCUGGACGUGCGAUAAGGAGAACGACUGUGAGAACGGCGCGGACGAAGCUCAUUGCGACAAGUCUUGCUUACCGAGCCAGUUCGAGUGUGGGAACCGCCGCUGCAUUUCCAGCCGCUGGCUUUGCGACGGGGCGGACGACUGUGGGGACGGCACCGACGAGGACAGCAAGUGCAAAAGUAAAACCUGCAGUCCAGAUGCCUUCCAGUGCCCCGGCUCUCACAGGUGCAUUCCUUCCCAUUGGAAGUGCGACGGCGACAGAGACUGUCCAGAUGGAGCUGAUGAGAGUGUCAAAGCUGGCUGUGUCUUCAACAACACGUGCAGCAGCAAUGAGUUCAUGUGCCAGAACCGACAGUGCAUCCCUAAGCACUUCGUGUGCGACCAUGACAAGGACUGCAGCGAUGGUUCCGACGAGUCCCUGGAAUGUGAGUAUCCAACAUGUGGACGCAACGAGUUCCGCUGUGCCAACGGCCGCUGUCUCAUUCAGAGUUCCUGGGAGUGCGACGGAGACUUUGACUGCCACGACCACUCAGACGAAGCGCCGAAAAACCCACACUGCACUGACUCAGAGAAGAAAUGCAAUGACAGCGCCUACGUCUGCAAAAAUGGAAACUGCAUCAACGAGACGUUGCUCUGUGACCAUAAAGACGACUGCGGGGAUGGCUCCGAUGAGCUAAACUGCUUCAUCAAUGAGUGCCUGAACAGCAAGCUGAGCGGCUGCUCGCAGCUCUGUGAAGACCUGAAAAUAGGGUUUAAAUGCAGAUGCCACCCUGGCUUCCACCUGAAGGACGACGGGAAGACGUGCAUCGACGUAGAUGAAUGCACCACCACUUACCCCUGCACUCAGCGCUGCAUCAACACGCACGGCAGUUUCCACUGUUUGUGCGUGAAGGGUUACCGCCUCAGUCCCGAGAAUCCAACAAUAUGCAAAUCCACUUCUGAGGAGGAGCCUUUCCUCAUCUUUGCCAACCGCUACUACCUGAGGAAGCUCAACUUGGAUGGCUCUAACUACACGCUGAUCAAACAGGGAUUAAAUAAUGCCGUGGCUCUGGACUUCGACUAUCGGCAGCAGAUGAUUUAUUGGACGGAUGUGAACACACAGGGGAGCAUGAUCCGACGCAUGCACAUCAACGGCAGCGAUGUUCAGGUCCUUCACCGCACCUUACUCAGCAAUCCUGACGGUCUGGCAGUUGACUGGGUGGCAGGAAACUUGUACUGGUGUGAUAAAGGACGGGAUACUAUUGAGGUGUCGAAGCUGAACGGAGCCUACCGGACAGUUCUGGUCAACAGUGGCCUGAAGGAGCCGCGUGCUGUGGCUGUGGAUGUGCGUUAUGGGUACUUGUACUGGUCCGACUGGGGGGACAACGCUCACAUUGGGAGGGUUGGGAUGGACGGCACCAACCGGAGUGUCAUCAUAGAGGACAAGAUCACCUGGCCCAACGGCCUGACCCUGGACUUCAUCAAUGACCGCAUCUAUUGGGCCGACGCGCGGGAGGACUACAUCGCGUUUGCCAGCCUGGACGGAAGCAGCAGACACAUAGUCCUGACUCAGGACAUCCCCCACAUCUUCGCCAUGACUCUGUUCGAGGAGUACAUCUACUGGACGGACUGGGAGACCAAGUCCAUCAACAGAGCUCACAAGACGCUGGGGACCAACAAGACCAUGCUGAUCAGCACCCUGCACAGACCAAUGGACAUCCACAUUUUCCACCCAUACCGCCAGCCAGAAGUGGCCGGCCACCCAUGCCAGACCAACAACGGCGGCUGUAGUAACCUGUGUCUGCUCUCUCCUGGAGGGGGCUUCAAGUGCGGAUGCCCCACUAACUUCUACCUAGCAGCCGAUGGUAAACACUGCCUGUCCAACUGUACCGCAAGUCAGUUUGUUUGCAAAAAUGACAAGUGCAUCCCAUUUUGGUGGAAGUGUGACACGGAGGAUGACUGUGGGGACCGUUCAGAUGAACCUGCCGACUGUCCUGAGUUCAAGUGCAGACCAGGCCAGUUCCAGUGCGGCACCGGCAUCUGCACCAACCCAGCCUACAUCUGUGAUGGAGACAAUGACUGCCAGGACAACUCCGACGAGGCCAACUGCGACAUCCACGUGUGCUUGCCCAGUCAGUUCAAGUGCAGCCAUCCCAGUCGCUGCAUCCCCGGCAUCUUCCGUUGCAACGGGCAGGACAACUGUGGAGAUGGAGAGGAUGAGAAAGACUGCCCGGAAGUUACAUGCGCCCCCAACCAGUUCCAGUGUGCCAUCAGUAAGCGCUGCAUCCCACGGGUGUGGGUGUGUGACAGGGACAACGACUGCGUGGAUGGAUCUGAUGAGCCUGCCAACUGCACUCAGAUGACGUGCGGCGUGGAUGAGUUCCGCUGCAAGGACUCGGGGCGCUGCAUCCCUGCGCUCUGGAAGUGUGACGGCGAAGCAGACUGCGGAGACGCUUCAGAUGAACCGCAGGAGGAGUGCGAUGAGCGGACAUGUGAGCCUUACCAGUUUCGGUGCAAAAACAACCGCUGCGUGCCCGGCCGCUGGCAGUGCGACUAUGACAACGACUGCGGGGACAACUCCGAUGAAGACAAGUGUGUGCCUCGGAAGUGCUCGGAGAGCGAAUUCUCCUGCACGAAUGGCCGUUGCAUAGCUGGACGCUGGAAGUGCGACGGGGAUCACGAUUGCGCUGACGGUUCAGACGAGAAUGGUUGUGAUGUGAAGUGCGACAGUGAUCAGUUCCAGUGCAAAAAUGGUCAUUGCAUUCCCAUUCGCUGGCGCUGUGAUGCAGAUGCCGACUGCAUGGACGGCAGUGACGAGGAGACAUGUGACACUGGUGUGGGUAGACAUUGCCCCCUGGACGAGUUCCAGUGUAAUAACACUCUUUGUAAGCCCCUUGGCUGGAAGUGCGAUGGUGAGGACGACUGUGGAGACAACUCUGAUGAGAACCCAGAAGAGUGUGUUGAAUUCCAGUGUCCUCCCACGAGGCAGUUCCGCUGUCAUAACGACCGGGUUUGUCUGCCAGUAUCAAAACGUUGUGAUGGCGUGAACAACUGUGGGGACAACAGUGACGAACUCAACUGUCCAACACUUCCCUCCACACCGGUUUGUCAGAAGAAUGAGUUCCAGUGCUCCACCGGCCGGUGCAUCAGCUCUUCUCUGCGCUGCAACUACUUCAAUGACUGCGAGGACUACGGUUCGGAUGAAAUCAGCUGCAACAAGAAAGACACUGUGCUGAACGACUGCCGCAGCAACAGGACCAUGUGCGGAGACGGAGACGAAGGGCAUUGUGUGGUGAACGGCACCGACUCCUUCUGCUCCUGCAAGCCAGGGUUCCAGUCCAAUGGACAAAACAGAUGCGAAGACAAGAACGAGUGUAAGGAGUUCGGAGUGUGUUCCCACAUGUGCAACAACACCAAGGGUUCCUACAAGUGCACUUGCCACAAGAAUUUCAGAAGAAUAAAUCACACCUGCAAGGCUGAUGCUCAGGGUUUGCUGUAUAUCGCCGAUGAUAAUGAGAUCCGCACCCUUGACCCUUCCACGCCAAACUGGCGCUACGAUCAGAUCCUGCAGGGUGACGCCAAUGUGCGCAUCGACGCCAUGGACCUGCAUGUGAAGACGAAUCGCAUUUACUGGACAAACUGGCACACAGGGCGCAUUUCUUCCCAUGAUUUGCCUUCCUCAUCCUCCUCCUCGCCCCAGAACAGCAACCGUAACAGACGGCAGAGUGACUCCAGGGUCACCAACCUUGAGAUUCCGGAUCUGAAGAUGCCUCGUGGCAUCGCUGUGGACUGGGUGGCAGGGAACUUGUACUGGACUGACUCUGGAAGAGAUGUCAUCGAGGUGGCUCAGAUAAGUGGCGGCCGCCACCGCAAAACCCUGAUCUCCGGCAUGAUCGAUGAGCCUCAUGCUAUUGUAGUUGACCCCCAGAGAGGGAAGAUGUACUGGACAGAUUGGGGCAACCACCCCAAGAUUGAAACCGCUGCAAUGGAUGGGACCAUGAGAGAAACACUGGUUGAAGAAAACAUUCAGUGGCCAACCGGUCUGGCCGUGGACUACUUCAACGAGCGUCUGUACUGGGCCGACGCUAAACUGUCCUUGAUCUGUAGUGUGAGGCUGAACGGCAGCGAUGCCACCGUGGCUGUAAACGGCAUUAAAAACAAGCUCCAUCACCCGUUCAGCAUUGAUGUGUUUGAGGACUACGUUUAUGGUGUCACCUACAUCAACAACUACGUCUUCAGAGUAAACAAGUUUGGCAAAGGCCCCAUUGAGAACCUGACGACGGGGAUCAACCAUGCCACAGACAUAGUUCUGCACCACCGACUCAAACAACCAGAAGUGACUAACCCCUGCGACAGGAAGAAAUGUGAAUGGCUCUGUCUGCUGAGCCCCAGCGGACCAGUGUGCACUUGUCCCAACGGACGCACACUGGACAACGGCACGUGCGUGGAGCAGCCUACCCCGACGUUGUCCCCCAUCUCUCCUCCCAGCGGUCCUUGCAUAAUCCAGUGCAUGAACGGUGGCAGCUGUUUCCUAAAUGCCCACAAGCAACCCAAGUGUCGCUGCCAGCCUAACUACGGAGGGGAGCGGUGCGAGAUUGAUCAAUGCAGAGACUAUUGCAAGAACGGAGGAACGUGCACGCCUUCACCUACAGGAUCUCCUACCUGUCGAUGCCUGACGGGCUUUACAGGGCCGAAUUGUAACCUGCACACUUGCAAGGACUACUGCAAGAAUGGAGGCAAUUGUACCGUCAGUGUUGGAAACCAGCCCACCUGUCAGUGCCCCGCAGACUUCCUGGGCGACCAGUGCCUGUAUAGGAGCUGUGAAGGUCACUGUCUGAACAAAGGGACAUGCCUGCAGAGUGAGAAUGGCUCUAAACUGUGCCGAUGUCCGCCCCAGUUCACUGGCAGCACAUGUGAGAUUGACAUGUGUCACUACUGUCGUGACGGCGAAUGCAUCCCCAGUAACGGCUUCUCAUCCUCCAUGAAAUUCACCUGUCGCUGCACGAAUGGCAGGAUCCAGCCCAGCUGUUACACGUGUGACACAAAUGAAUACUGUGCAAAUGGCCAAUGCUUUAUAAAUACCUUAACUCGCCUUCCAGAGUGCAGAUGUUCAGCUGGUUGGGCAGGGCAUCGCUGCGAGUCCGUGGACAGCAGUAGUGACGACUCAGGGUCAAGUGGACGCACGGCCACCAUUGUGAUCACAGUGUUGAUUCUGCUGCUGCUGGUUCUCCUGGCUGCAGGAGCACUGUUGUGGUACAGGAGGAGAAUGAGAGGGGCGAAGGGCUUCCAGCACCAAAGGAUGACUAACGGGGCAAUGAAUGUUGAGAUUGGAAAUCCUGCGUACAAGAUUUAUGAGGGUGAGCCUGAUGACGAUGCUGGGGAACUGCUAGAUGCAGACUUCACACUGGACCCAGACAAGCCCACCAACUUCACAAACCCAGUAUACGCCACUCUGUACAUGGGAGCUCACAACAGCCGCAACUCUCUGGCCAGCACAGACGAGAAGAAGGAGCUACUAUCACGUGGAGAUGAGGAGCCCCUCGUGGAUCCGCUGGCAUAGACUGUCCAUCAGCCUGGAUCAUACAAUUCCAAACACACCCCUCUUCUUGCCUUUUAAAGAAAGAGUAAACUACAAAAUUCCUUUAAAAGUGAGAGAAAAUUGCUUAAAAAAAAGUGUGAACACUGUAUAAAAUGUACAAAAAUGAAGGACUACUUUUGUAUGUGAUUGCAGUAUUAUAUUUGGUUCUUUGGAGAUUCCUCUGGUCAAACACAAAUAACAUUUUCUAUGAGAGAUUUUUAAUUUACACUUUGUCCCUUACCCUUUACCUAAAUAGCCACUACCUCUGUACAAAAUGAAAUGGAAAUGAGUAAAUCAGAAGAAAAAGAUGCUAUCAUUGGAGCAGUUUUAAUUUUUUAUUUUUGUAUGAAUUGUAUAGAUGAGAGAAGAAAAAAAACAUUUUUUUUUCCAUUUCACCAGUGCCAACUGUUUGUUGUUUGUGUUGACUUUGAGCGGGAAAGGCACAACUCAAAGUUUUCUAAAGCGGUACAUGUGUCGUCUUGCUGAAUUUUUUUUUUCAGCAAGACUGUGUGAGACUGUUUGCGUAUAGCACAUGCAAAAUGUCAAUACCCGAUGGCAACUACAGUAUUUUCCACAUAUUUUCUCAGAGAACAAUGUUCAUGAAAUGAUUGUGUCGUCUUCCUUGCACAGAAUAUCACGUCUUAUGGUAUAGUGUGUACUCUAGGCUUUUAACCGUUUGAUGUAAACGCGAUAUGUUUGUUUUUAUCACAAAGUUGGAGCUCACACGUUGAUGAUGUGAGAGGACGGCGUGAUUUUGUAGCUGGAGAAAGAGGAAGUCGGAUAUGGGUUAAACAUUCCAUGGAUGGAGAUUACAGGUGUGAAGCGAUAGAAAGGAUGGCCUUAGCUGGCCCAGAGCGAGGAUGCUGUUGUACAUACAAGAUUGUGGAUGAUAGUGUCAUGUCUACACUAUUUGGCUGUUACUAAGGUCUUCCGCCAGAGGGAAAGGGAGGCUGCAGCUCAGACAAAAUGUGAGGGAGAAAGAGAUUUGGCUGUAUUUUUUUUUGUUCUUUUUCAUUUUUGUAGAGACCAGAUAAUACCUGUCUGGCUUUGUGAAUAAAUUUAUCUUUCUGCCUUUCGAGAAUCAAAGUCUGUAUGUUGUUUUGUAACGACUCGGUCUGAAGUGCAUUAUGUUCAUCGUGUCUUCAGCAGUUUUCUGUUGUUCUUGAGCUCUUUCUGAUCUCUUGUUCUCCUCUGUGCCCUGCUGCUGCUGAUGCUGCCAUUCUGGUCGCCCUGACAACGUCCUUACAUUCAGCCUCUGUCCCAAAAUGCUGCUUCUGUCAGAAAUGCAUCAGUCAUAUCUAAAUGCAUGUGAAAAGUACAAGUCUUCAAUGUAACUGCGUUAACAAGUUUUUACUUCGCUUACCUGUCAAGUGUUAUUUUAUGCUGUUGUAUAUGUUUUGUCUUUAAUUGUGAGAAGUACAAUCAUUUUACCUAAAGAACUUUUUCUUUUUUUUUGCAGAAUCAUACAUGCAUUUUCAGAUUUUUUUUUUGAUUAGUCCUUUUUUUAUGAAAAAUUUCACAUAGCUUUUAUAGUACAACAUGCAUGAAGGCUCAGACUUUCUUCUGGAAAGAGAAUCAUUAAUUUUUGCUGGAGUACUUUACAAACUAAACAAAUAUUGUUAUAAAUAAAAUUUUAAAAACAUGUACAGGAAAAAA